AUGGCCCUUGAAGAACAUAAAAUGAUUCCUCCGAAGCCCUCGGCCCUCACCCAGCUCAUCGAGUCCGUCUCUGCGUCUGAAAACCCAUUCGCUGCAACAACAAUCCAGGUCCUUCAUAACCUCCAACACCAGCAUUUAUGGACUUCGCUGCAGGUUCAUGAAUUGGAUGCAGCUUCGGCAACCAAUGGACUCUCAAUGCUGAUAUCCGGAAUAUCCCCGCAUCGCGUCUAUACCCACCCCGAUGAGCAGCUCUACAUGCUGGAACAAGGCAUUCGAGAAGAUGACCUCCCAGCGGAGAGACUCUUUGUGGUCCCGACAGCUCAUGGACAGACAUGGAGUUUGAGUCGCAUGGCUGCGGUCUUCGACGCGCUACCCAGGGCUGAGACCUCAUCAUCUGAGGAUUCGAGCUUGACAUAUAGGGCUGAAGAUCCGGAAGAUCCUGAGAAAGCCAAGAAACUAGAGGCAUACAACAAAAGAAGGGAGCAGGCUCAAGCUACCAAUGAAUGGGGCUCAAGGAGAGUGCUCCUUGCGAUGGUGGAUCGGAAUAUGGGCGGAGAAGGAACAGUGGUUUAUUACGUCGUGCAAGAGGGCGAAGUGAAGCCACGACAAAACUAG